CUUUGACGUCCUUCUUCUGCUGUUGAUCCUCUGUCCUGUUUUCUCUCUCUCUCUUUUCCCUUCGUUUCCUCCCUGGGCUCUCUAUCCUCUCUCUUUCCUUUCUCUGUCUUUUUGCUCGUUUCUCUCUUCGUGUCUCGUCUCGUUGCCGAGAAGAAAGAGGCGCUUCAGAGUUCGCCUUCUUCUCCAAGAGAGACCUGAGGUGUCUGUCUUUUCUCUGCUUCGCGUCUCGACUUUUCACCCUCUUCCACGGUGUCGCUCGACUUACCGCAAUGCGCCUGCUCCUCGCCAGUCCCUCCAGGAUCCGCAACGGAUCCGCCAGGCGAGGCGCGGGCGCUUCGCUGCAGAGGCCAGACUUUCUUCUUCAAGGAGGCAGCAGCAGAAGGAGGGAAGAGCGCGGAGGAGCGAGACAGCGCGAGGAAAGAACAGACGGAGACUUCCAGGGGGAUGCGCGUCCAGGGAGUGCAUCCCAGGGAAGGAGCCGAAAACGGCGAAAAGACGACCUCGCAGAGUCUCCUGUCUCUCCACCCUCUGUCUCUCCACCCUCUGUCUCUCCACCCUCUGUGUCUCUGUCUCCUGUCUCUCCACCCUCUGUGUCUCUGUCUCCUGUCUCCGGCGUUUCGCGCUCUCCAUUUCUCUCUUCUCCUUCUUUCCGCUUGCUUCCUCUGGCCUCUUCUCUCUCGGCGUCCGCCUGUCUUGCGUUUCCUCACUUUCACACGCUGAGGUGUCUCUCCACCUCGGCAUCUUUCUUCUCCCGCGGACGGAGACCACCAGACGGCUCCUGCUGUCGCGGGCAGAAGGGGGCCUCCAGCGCGCCUCUCUUCCUUGCCGGUCUCCUUUAUGGAUCUUCUCCGGCGCUUCCUCCUUCCCCAGUCGCUUCCUCGUCUUUGUCUCCGUGGUCGACACUGUCGCCUUUUCCACCUGUCUCCUCUUUCGCGGUUUCUUGCCUUCCGCGGCGAUGCGGAGACUUCCCCGCGAGAGUGAAGGCGAGGACAAGCGAGUUCCAGGGGAACCGACACCCGCCAACAUCCUCGGGGUGUACGUACACCUUAAACUGUCGCGUCGGCCUGCCGUCGUCUUCGUUCUCGUCUGACGCUUCUUGGGCUGUUUUCACUCCAAACAGAGGCGCGAAGCUUCUUCGCUGGUCUGCAGACACACCCGUUGCUCAGCGUCUCGAAGGCCUCGCGGAGGCAAAGGACUUGCUUCUUGCAUGCAAAGUUUGGGAUGACCAGAUGACCCGUCGCGAUUACUUAGCAGCUCUGACGCUCCUCACAACGCGCAAGAGGCUGGACAGACGCAGCGAGCUCUUCCUCCGAUUCGUGGACCGCGUUGUUCGCCACCGUGCUCUCAGCCGCCCUCCCUACGUCCACCUUUUCCUUCACAGAUUCGCUGUGCUCGGACAUGCGCCUGCCCUCUGGCGGCUCGCAGCGACGCUGCCACCGCUCUUGUCGCAGAUGGCGCCUGCGCAUGUCUCCGUUUCUGCUUGGUCCCUCGCGACCUGCUUCGUCGCCGACGACCUCGUCUGGGAUGAGAUCGGCCGACUCACGCUCGUUCAUCUCGACGCGCUUUCUUUCACCGACGUCGCGAUGCUCGCUUGGGCGUCUGCCCGCAUGGAUCGGCGGAAGCCCCAGGAGAUCCUUGCCCUCAAAAGCCGAGCACUGGCAAUCCUCGAAGCCUCUCAGGAAGGACAUACUUCUCUUCCUCCUUCGUCUCUUUCCUGUUCCACGACUUCUUCUCUUUCGUCUUCUUGUGCUUCCGGUCUCGUUCCUCCUCACGAUUUGUGCAUGUUGUUUAGAGCCAUGGCGACGCUUUUGCCUCGCGACCUUCCGUGGCUUUUGCGUCUUCUCUACGUAAUCGCGACGUCUGCCUGUGGCUCCGAAUUUCCUCUUUUCAAUCCGUCUUCUUCCUUUCCUCCUCCUUCCUUCUCUUCUUCUUCCUUCUCUUCUUCCUUCUCGUCUUCUUGCUUCUCUUCUUCUUCCGAUCCGUCGACUCCAGCUCCUGAAGGCCCUGACGGUUCCUCAGGAGUUUCUUUCUGCGAAGAAGAACGGAUCCGAGAGAGGCGAGACCAGCUGCUUGAGGAUGACGCGACCGAGCCGCAGCACGGAGACUCGAUGAGGAAAGAGGCCGAGCCACCCGCGCGGGAUGUCGCGGACGCACAGCUCAGCGGAGGUGCGACUCCGCGGCGGUUCUCCCUGAGUGCUCAAGCUCUCACCGCUGUCUGGACCGCAAUUGCAGACAUAAAUCUCCUCGAGCAUUUCCCUCUUUCUCCCCACACCUCUCUGCAAUCGCUUGCCUCUCAACCUCUUUCCAGCCCCCCCGCGACUCCGUCUCCUGUCCAGUCACCUGCGCUGUCCCCUCUCUUCACCUCUGCCUCUUCGUCUUCUUCUCCUUCGUCUCCUCCGCCUUCUCCUCCUUCUCCUUCUGUCUGGUAUUCUCGUCAGGCGGACGUUCGUUCGGAGUCUGUGGUGCCUUCGUUUGAGAGCUUGUUUGGGGAACCGUUCAAGCUGGAGAAGCGCAUAUCCAAGUUGUCUUCUCGGCAGGCUGCUGCUGGCGUCCGGUGGCUUCUCGACCGACUCUGUGAAGAGACGCGGCUCCUCAGACUCGACCAUACUGUGAAUACGAACAUGAUCGCGAAGAUUGCAGAGGCGAUGAUGAAGCAGAAGUUCGUGGAUCCGCGUCUGAUUUACCAGUUGCUCCACUUUGUUCACAAGCGCGGCGGCGAACAGCUCCAGCCUGAGCAAGUUCUGACUCUCGCAAAGGCGUUUACGGCGCUCAAUAUUGGAGACGCUAAAGCGUGGAAGAAACUCGCACAUCGCGCCCAGGCGACGGCGAUCGACUUGAGCGCGCGGGAAGUGGAGGAGUUGCAGAAACUCUUUCGGCGCGCAGGGUGUGGAAACCAACGCGUGGAGGGAUAUCUGGGCCAUUUUCUUUUUCUGAAAGACGACGUCGAGCGACACGGACCUUUGUAGAGGUGAAAGGACGACGGAGGGAUGCCGGAAAGAAGGAGGAAGAGACGAGAAGCAGACAGAGAGCGACGGUGAGGAAGGGGAAGACGACGAAGCGAGGAGGACAGGAGACGAAGAGACGAUGAGAGAGAGAGAAAACGAGACGGAGAAAAAGGGAGACGAAGGAGAGACAGAAAACGAUGGGGUGAGAGAGAGAGAACCAGGAACAGUGAGGAAGACAUGGAGGAAGAGGAGGCCACAAACAGAGCAGAGUGGUGUCUCUUUUGAAAAUAGUUUCGAUGUUUCUUUUCAAAGUGAUUCUGCGUUUGGCGGCGCCGAGCUCGUUGCCUUGAAGGAAGAAUAGAGACGACGCCUCUUUUGGGGGCGGAAAGAGGCUUUUUCUCCCAAUGUGCGAAGCCGAACUCCGAACUCGGACAGGGCAAGUCACCGACAUGACGGUAUGUUCACCCGCUACUUCCAGAACGCGCUUUGCUGGAGGGACAGACUCCUUCGCUCGUCUUCCCUUCCUUGUCUCACACAGUCUGCGGGUCCUGUUCUUUCCGUGAAGCCACCCGCGUCG